GGAUUGCGAGGCAAAUUGCACCAGGCCAUCACCGAUGUCGGGCUCACCGAAGGGUAUGAGGCAGAGGUGGAGCGCCAGAGGGUCGUCUCUGAUAGUUCUGCCGAAAAUGCUGCAGAACUCCUUGACUCACGGGGUGAUCCACCCCCGGUUUUGCAAGCCAGUACCGUUCCGGCAGCUGCAUCGGGCAUUGAUGGUCUAGAUGACUUCGUAACUCAGGCAGCCUUGCAAAGGUCAAAAAGGACCAUUUCGGACUUGAAGCAGCCUUGGGAACAGGGACCUCUUAAAAAGCUCUUUUCUGCGCAAACGCCUGCCUUCCUUAGACGAAACACAAACGUCACUGCCGUUGGAUUGUUUGAGACUUUGACUGCAAGUGCAAGCUCGGAACCCAAGUCAAGUCCGAUGACAACCUCGUCACACGUCAGGCACAGGCGUCGGUUCUCAAGGUUGGUGCAGUCGGAGGAUGCUUUAAGAAGGGUUGCUUUGUCCCGAAUAAGUACCAUGGUCUUGAUGAACCCGAGUGGGACAUCCUUGGGUAGAUCUUUAAUGUCCUUUGCAGGAACGUUGACAACAGACGCUGAGCUUUCUCAGGUUUUCAUGGAUGUGUUUGCGCCUAAAUCGACAGGCACACUUGUGAAGAGAUCAAAUGCAGUUUGGAGAUUCUCUCACUGGCUCCACGAGCACAACUUAGGUUCGCCCUUUUGCCAAUCUGAGCAGGUGCUGUAUCGCUACCUGAAUUAUUUAAGGGACACAGGUGCUGGAGCUACGGCAGCUUCCUCCUUUGUCGAAGCCCUCAGAUUCUUUGACUCGUUGUUGGGGUUCACGGCUUUGGCACUGAAAGACAUGCUCACGCCCAGAGUUGUAGGCUGUGCACAUUCCCAGUUUGUAACUAAGAGAAAGCGUAAGCCUGCGGAAUUGUCGACAGUCGACGAAAUCACGCACCUCGAAAACACGUGCCUUGAUCAGGAAGAGCGCCCGAUCGUCAGGCUUUUGGCCGGGCACUUUUUGUUUUGCUUCGCAUCGACUGCAAGGUGGCAUGACUCUAUGUACAUUGACUCUUUAGAACUCAGCACGCAUAAAGACGUGGUUUUGUUGGAGGCCAGUACGACCAGAGACAAAACCUCAGUCACAAAGGAGCUGAAAACGCAGUUGUUGCCAUUCACAGCCUUGGGACGCCUGAUGAGCCGAAAGGCUUGGGGUGAGAGCUUUGUAGGGAUGAGAGAUCAUUUUGGUUUCGACCACUCCACCCUCUUUUUGCCCUCGUGGUCGGACGAGCUAGGCCGAUGGGCAGACUCACGCAUGUCCACCUCUGAGGCGACUGAGUGGUUACGGGAGAUUCUCACGCCCGCAGUAGGGACAAAGCGGGCAUCGACCUUGACAGUUCACGGUCUCAAGGCAACCAUGUGCAGCUGGGCAGCAAAGAGCAUGCUCUUCACCCCCGAAGAGCAAAUCGCAUUAGGACACCAUGUGAGCACCUUGAACAAGUCUGCACUAAUCUACAGCCGCGACAAUCAAAUUGCUUUGUGUGUCAAAAUCUAUAAGCUGUUAGCCAAAAUUGAAUCGGGCAGCUUUCACCCGGACAGAUCUCGAGCUGAACGCCUCUUCGAGCUUGCGUCGCAAGUAGAGCGAGAGCUGGAAACGACCGAAGUUUCGGGAGACUCAGACUCGGAUUCGAUGGCAGAGUCGGAUGGAGGACACGAGAAGUUUGGUCCGGCGGAGGAACCCGUGAGGCUCCCCAUCGAAGAGGCCACUGCUCGCCGCUGUGUAGUCCACAAUUUUUCAAGAGUCAUACAUCUUCGGCGGGAAGCUGAGGACGAUCGUUUGGGUUGUGGGCGACUGGUGACAGCAAAUUACCAUGAAGCAACUGAUGCAGAUUUCAA